AUGCGAGGCGUCCAAGUCUUCUCCGGCAGGUCUCAUCCUGCCCUUGUCGAGUCUAUAUGUGAGCGACUGGGCUCUUCGCCAGCCAAAUGCGAACUGGGCAACUUCGCAAACGGGGAAAUCAGCGUCCAGAUCGGCGUCUCCGUUAGAAACGAAGAUGUCUUCAUCGUCCAGAGUGGCAGCCCUCGCAUCAACGACAGUGUCAUGGAAAUGCUCAUCAUGAUUGCUGCAUGCAAGGGCGGCUCGGCCAAGUCCAUCACCGCAGUCAUUCCCUACUUCCCCUACUCGCGCCAAUCCAAGAAGAAAAGCCAUCGGGGGGCUGUCACUGCCAAGAUGCUGGCCAAUCUCAUGGUGGUAGCAGGCGUGGACCACAUCAUUACGGUGGACCUUCAUGCCUCACAGAUGCAAGGAUUCUUUGGCAAGCCCGUCGACAACCUAUUCGCGGAACCGAUCAUUGCCCGGUGGAUCAAAGCCAAUGUUCCCCGCUGGGGUGAGGCAGUCGUCGUGAGCAAGAAUGUGGGUGGCACGAAGCGAGUCACUUCGCUGGCCGACGCCCUCAAGCUGAGCUUCGCUCUCGUGUCCACCGACAAGGAUCGUUCGCGGCAUGCACACCACCACAACGGCCUAGCGGACAGCACAGUAUUCUUCGAUGCCAUUGAGCCCCAGUCUAUGCGUUAUCGCGGCCACCUUCUGGAUGGGGACGAUGCCGACGAUGCCGACAACGAGUCCGACAGGUCACACCUCCGCGGUCUUCCUUACCGUGCCAGGGGUCCCACACUAAAUGGUGUCAGCCGCUCUGGCACUGGCAGGCCCAAGGCAGUCACAAUUGCGGCGAGCCCCUUGGUCCAGGCUGCAAGGAUGGAGACGCCAUCCCCCCCUGACUCGCCCAACCCGUCGUCCCGCCCGGAGGCGCUUCCCAGCGCACGUCGACCCUCUGAAUACGAGGCUAAUGAAGCGCACAACGAUCAGCGGGCAAGAGAUGUAGUCGUGGGUCGGCUGAUCCAAGGCCACCUAGUGGACGAAGACCAUCCCUCUUCAGCAAUGUCAAGCAUGUCGGCUUCCCUUGCUAACCUCGCGGGCGAGCGUCCUCCGCAAGACGGAACAGACAAUCCUCCCAAUGAUCCGAUGACCUCUUCCUUUGUGUCCAAUGCGUCGUCCUUUCAACCCGAACACGCGCUGGGUGGGACCUUCGACGCGGCCGCAACAUCGGACGAGGAGGAAGAAGGUAUCAAAAAUCCUGCCCUUGAGCACACCAUCACCCUUGUAGGAAACGUCAAGGACAAGACUGUUCUCCUUAUGGACGACAUUAUUGAUCGGUCUGGUUCGUGGAUAGCGGCCGCAGAGACUUGUGUCAAGAUCGGGCAUGCUAGAAAGGUCUACUGCAUCGCCAUCCAUGGACUCUUUGGCGAAAACUCCUUGGAAGAGUUAGACGCAUGCGACUACAUUGAUUAUAUUGUCGUGACAAAUACCUUUCCCGUGCCGCCUGAGCGGAUCCGUGCCUCGAAGAAGCUCAUAAUGAUCGACCUUUCAAAUCUCCUGGCAGAGGCCAUCCGACGCAAUCACCACGGAGAGGAUAUGUCGACACUUUUCCAGUUGAAUGCAUGA